CAACACGUCUCAGGUGACUGGAGCUGGUCCGAUCAACUGGGUCGAAAUAUUACAAAUGCUGUUCGAUCCAGAGACAAAGAAAGGGCCUGCAUUUGACUCGGUUAACUCCUACUGAGCGGACGGUGGAGUGUCUCCGGACAUGAAGGAUUUGUUUUGCACUCCAGGUUUUAUUUUAAAGGCGAAGUGAAUGAGGACAGAAUAAGCGCAGGAAUGGAAAAGCCACCUAUAGCCCCAAAGCCAAAGUUUAUUUCCAACCAGAGGCCAGUCCUGUCUCUUUUAGUACCCAGAAGAGAUGGCCUCUCACCUCUAUCUACUGGCACACCAAGGAUGGUCAAACCAGUGCUCUCUCCAAAGCCCUGCUUGUCUAAACUCCCCACUGCCUUAGAGUCCAAGCCCCCGAUUUUGAAGAGUACGCAACAAAAAUCUGCUUUGGAAACCCAUCGGACGGUCGUCAAUCCAAAUUCUCACAAUGGGAUUCCACAUAGCAAGAAGCCUGACUGGGAUUAUAUUAUUCCUAUUUGCUUGUGCAGCCAAGAAAACUGCACAUGCAUCAACCACAUGAAGCUCGAGCUGAGGAAAAACGAAUUUGAAGCAUCACACAGUGUCGAGACUGAAGAAAACAAAAAGACUGCUCCUAUACCUCGGGUGUCUCAGGAAAAUAACCAAGAGAAAACAAGCAAUGCCAAGUCCCAAGUGAUGAACAACUCCUUAAACAAUGGUCACAUCGUGAAUCAUGAUAAAGAUAAUAAGACCCAAAACCAGAACACUGACUCUAACACCUUUAGUCCUGAACAGGCUGUUGGGCCAUCUCUCAGAACAUGGAGUGAUAGCAAAGAUAUCCAUGCAAUACAUCAAGAUGUACCUGGAACAGGACAACAGGGUGGUAGUCUUGGCUCAGAGCGAACCAUUAUGCCACAACCCAGAUUUCCCCAACCAGUCCUUAGGAAGCCUCACCCUGUCCCUGUUCCACGGAAACCCAGGAGAUAUGUUCCAGCUCACCAGGAAAAGGAUGUGGAUGAAAAUGCUAUCCAGGAAAGGAAGGAAGUAAGUGUCAAAGAGGUGGAGGUGUCAUCAGACGAAAAGGGAGGCUCUUUCCUGUCUGCCAGCUUACCCAGCAAUGAAAUUAGUCCACCCGUUUUUCUGUCUGCAAGGUGGGCCUGUCCACCACCAGUCCCUCCUUCCAGGAAAAAACCUUUACUAACUAACCCCUUGAAAGCACCUUUCUCCGCUACGCAGACGCCUUCUGAGGAUAUGAAUGUUGAAGAUUCGAGUAGGGGCAGCAGCAUCCAUGAGAUGGAGUUAUGUGUUGACAGUAAGGCUGACGAGUUGCAGAAGAAAGUCGUGGAUGAUCAGGUAGAAAGGUAUCCUCUGCCCCCUAAGACUUUGCUUGGUCCACCUGAACUCAAAGAUCUUCCAACAAUCAUUUUGCCAGCAAAGGACAAAUGGAUAGGGGACAAAAUGCCAAGGAAGCAUCGUAGAAACAACAGCACGUUGGGACUGGUUGAGAAGAAGAAAUCCAUCGAAGAUAAAGGUAUAAAUAAAUUAGAGGACUUUGAGGCAAUGCAAGCCAAUACUUUACCAGAUGAAGUAUCAAAGGAAUUAAUGCGAAGGGAACUGCCUUUACCUCCACAUGAGAAAUCAGACAAUAAACCUGUAACAUCUGGAAACAUCAAGCCUUCACGUACUAGCCUCACCAAAAUGAAAGCCAAGUCAUUUUCUACUGCUGACUUCAUUUGCUCUGAAGGACAGAAGAGAAACUCCUUCAGGAAAAUCCUAGAACGGAAACUCGGCAAGAAGACAUUACCAAAGGAGACAGCAAUAUCAGGCCAGACUCCUGAAUCCACAGGGAAGGAUUCUGUACCAAAUCCUCAAGGGGAUCAAUAUGAGAGAUUGCCAGCAUUUCUUGGCAGUGACAGUAAUUUUCAUUAUUCGCAAACUGGUGUUGAACAGAGCGUUGACGGAGAGGAGAUUUACCCUGAGCUGCAGAAGUCUCCCAUCUAUGAAACCAUUUCUCUAUAUUAUGAUAUUCCAGAUUACGAGAAUGUAUUUGUGGGAAAGGCUGGCUCUGCUCCUACAGCCUUCCACACAGAGGGCAGGCAGAGCUCUUUGUAUGAUGAUGAUGGGAUUUAUGAGGAACAGGACCCAUAUUUCUCCCUGGUGAAAAACUCACAACAGCAUCAGACACCAACAGAAUACGACAGUAACUCAGCUGAUGAGGAGGUGGCUUUUAUUAACGAGACUUUUUCCGACGAUGACAUCACAGUCGACACCUCUGAUGAAGAGGAUGGAGAUGAUGGCAGUUGCAACUCAAGUAAAGAUGACCCUGAGCAUCUAGAGGAGAGUAUGGUGCAGAGUAGAAGGAAGAAAAGCAAGAUACAACACAUCGCCACAGAAAUCAUGACCUCCGAGAGUGUGUUUGUGGAUGUACUCAAGCUGCUACAUGUUGAUUUCCGUGAAGCCGUGCGCAAGGCAUCUCAGAACGGGAAGCCGGUGAUUGAGGAACGUCUUCUCAAUCAGAUCCUGUACUACCUCCCUCAGUUGUAUGAACUCAACAAAGACUUGCUUAAGGAGCUGACGCAGAGAGUUGCCAAGUGGAAUGAGAGCUCCCAGGUGGCUGACAUCUUCUUGAAGAAAGGGCCCUAUCUAAAGAUGUACUCCACAUACAUCAGCGAGUUCGACAAGAAUGUGGCCCUACUGGAAGAGCAUAGUAAAAAGAACCCUGCAUUUGGCGCUGUGGUGAAAGACUUUGAGGCGAGUCCUCGCUGUGCCAAUUUGGCUGUAAAGCAUUACCUGCUGAAGCCAAUUCAGAGAAUUCCUCAGUACCAGCUGCUGCUCACAGAUUACCUAAAGAAUCUGUCAGAAGACGCAGAUGACCACAAAGACACUGAAGCUGCCCUUGCUCUUGUGAAAGAAGUGGCCAAUCAUGCCAAUGACAUCAUGAAACAUGGGGAUAACUUCCAGAAGCUGAUUCAGGUUCAGUGUCGUUUGAACGGCAACCACGAGAUCGUCCAACCAGGACGGCUCUUCAUCAAAGAGGGUGUCCUGAUGAAGCUGUCCAGGAAGGUCAUGCAGCCCAGAAUGUUCUUCCUGCUUAACGACGUGUUGCUGUAUACCACCCCUGUUCAGUCAGGCCAGUACAAGCUUAAAAACAUGCUGUCUCUGGCUGGGAUGAAGGUUAGCAAACCCAGUCAAGAGGCCUAUCAGAAUGAGCUGAACAUAGAAAGUGUGGAGCGGUCCUUUAUUCUCUCUGCAAGUUCGGCCGCAGAGCGGGAUGAAUGGCUUAAGACAAUUUCCUCGACUAUCAGCGAAUAUACAAAGAAGAAAGUUAGCUUCAUAUCUACCAACACCCCAGCUAAGGAAAAUUUGGGGGAUUUGAGUGUUGAUGGUGCUUCUUUGGGAUCCAAAGCCCCCAUUUGGAUCCCAGACCCACGGACCACCAUGUGCAUGAUCUGCACCUGUGACUUUACCCUGACGUGGAGGAGACACCACUGCCGUGCAUGUGGAAAGGUGGUUUGCCAGUCUUGUUCCUCCAAUAAACAUUGUCUGGCAUAUCUAAAGAACCAGUCGGCACGAGUGUGUGACCAGUGUUUCUUCAUUCUUCAGCAACAGAGAAGUAAAAUCGUCUCAUCAGCAACACUUGGAAGCAAGACAUUUACAAGGAAGCAGAAGAGGAUACCAGCAGCACUUAAAGAGGUGUCCGCAAACACAGAUGAUUCCUCCAUGAGUGGUUAUCUGCAGAGAUCCACGCGCAAUAAAAAGCAGGGGAAAAGGCUGUGGUUCGUCAUUAAAGACAAAGUCCUGUACACGUACGCUGCCAGUGAGGAUGUCGCAGCCUUAGAGAGUCAACCGCUGUUGGGCUUUGUGUUAAAAGUGGAUUCUUCCCAGAAGCAGCAGUUUAAGCUCUACCACAAAAACACACUUUACUACAUUUUUAAAGCAGACGAUGUCCAAACAGCGCAAAGAUGGAUCAACUCAUUCAAAGAGGCGGUUGUGUUGUAACAUCUGUUGAGGAUCUCUAUGUGGGUUUGUCAACGGGUUUGGAAGUAUUUUACCUCAGUGCUCCAUAGAUUUAAAAAAAAUCAUCUGGAGACACCGUUUCAGUUUAAAAAAUAUUUUUCAUGUUGGAUUUUUUAAAAAUUUUUGUAAAUGUUUUUUUUAUAUGAACGAGAAAUGUUUUCUCCAGGAUUUUUACCAUUUUAACUCUAACAUAAUUAGUAUUCAGUAAUUUCAGGCUUUUGUCUCUUCAUGCCCAUCCCCUUUAUCAGAUUUGUUAAUGAUAGAUGCCAAUUUCUGACAAAUAUUGGAAGUAUAAUUUUUGCUGCAUCUAUGUUCAAGUUUUGAAAAAGGUCAAAACAAAUCACCUACAUGUUGUAGCUCCUUGUUGUUCCCUAACACCGUGUUGACAAAGUUUAAGAAAAAUAUCACAGGGCCCCACAUUUGUUCUAUUGGUCAAAGACGCACUGUAAAAAACAACUUCACUGUAAUAUAUUUUGCACUUAAGUCACUUAGAUGGAUGUACAUAUGGAAUCUGACAUGUAAGCUGUGAAAUACAAGUUGACUGUAAAGCAAAUAAAAGUCAAACUUCUGUAGAUAA